GAAUGUAAACCAACUGUAACAAGCGAACAUGCAAGGAAAAUCCAGCAACGUGAUCUCCGCUUUGUAACAAAAUAAUGCUUCACUCGCAGUUGGGGUAUUUCGAGGAAAACCGCAACGCAGACAGCGUGUGCGUCUUGGCUGUCAACUUUGCAUUUAAAAAUGAUCCAAAACUCAUUCGACGCGAAUGCAAGAGUGAUCUGGAUGUCUUGGAAAAAACAUUCGUUGACCGCCGAUGCGGUUACAGACUUUUGGAGUCGCCCUACAAGAGUUACCUCAUGGGAUUUUUGUCGGAUGAGAAAAAGCUGUCCCAUUUUUUUGAAAUAUCAGGACCGCCGUCUGUUUUUAUUCUCUUCUUUCUGUCCUAUGGAAACGGCGAAGGAUUGCUUUUCACCGACCACAAAGGAGGCAAUAGUCAGCAGUACGAAACCUUUGCAACGCGAGAUGUGACACAGUCGCUGAAAAAACUGCAAGGGUGGGGAGGAGUUCUAAAAAUCAUCUUCUUUGUGGUCCACCCAAAGGAGGUUAAAGCUCAGAUAAGCUUUUCCAAGCACGGCCUGUUUGCCACAGCUCAUCUGUAUCCAACGCAGCUGGUUGACCACGGCACUGCCUACUCGAAUUUUCCCAGGGUGAAAAACCUCAUCGUUAUAUUUUCCACUGAAGAAAAAAAAGAUGAGGAUCAUCUAAAUCAGUGCACCAACUUGGUUCAAACAUUUUGCAAACUGCUCAAUGAAUUAGCGGAGAAUUUUUCCCUUCUCGACUUACUCACAGCAUUGCAAAGCCGAAUGGAGCAGUCGCCAGAAGUUGUUUACACUUCGCACGAACCCCUAACUUUUUACAAGUCGCCGAUUGUCAUUAGGAGAGUGUACGAGGGAGCAACCAGCAGCCUUUUAAGAAAGGAGAAUUUAUUCUACACCUGGACCAGCGCGAAAGGCGAACCCUUGAGAAACAAGGUCGCUUUGGUUUACGGAGAGGAGCAAGUUGCGGUGAAUAAGAUCGAAAGAGUGCUUCAAGAAGAUUUGGCCUUUGAAACGCGAAAAAUCACAAGAUUGACCGACUGCAUGACAAAUAAAGUGCACAACGAGAAGGCCGCGGUUGGCUGUUUCUUAGCCUGCUUCCUAGCCCCGCUUUUUGUGGAUCGGGAAAAACGCAUUUGCAUGAGAUUGAAAAACCAGCGCGUGUCCCUGUGGGAUGUGGCCAACUACUUCGCAACGCUGAGAGAGUCGAGCUGGGCGAGGAGGCCAAUGAUAUUUUUCUUUGUCAAUCAAGCGAUUAACAAUGAGUGCACUGAUAGCAAACUGUGCGAAUCAGCUUAUUGUUUUAAAUCCACAGUCCACGUCCAGAUUUUAUUCUGCAUUUUGAAUGGAAAAGACGCUGUGCAUCAGCUGGAGAAAUUGCUGAGCCUUCCUGCACUGAGAGACGGAUCUUCGAACCUCGAGGAGCUGCUGCUGGGCCUUUUGCGCCAGGAAGGUGAACAAACGGGCAGAAUUAGUUCCAAAGUGCUGGGCACGCUGCCUUUUCUGCUCGACUUCCCCAUCUGGCCCUCGGCUUUCAUUCCGCCCACGUUUAACGUAACUCUCAUAGCCCACCUGACAAAAGACAAAUUGAAUUUACAAGCGGAUGGAAACCGAAAAUUUAUCUCCGCUGCUUCCGCUGACCUCACGUUCUUCCAACUGAGAGAUGAGUUUGAAGAACAGUUUUUGCGACAAAAACCGUCACGCCCGUACUGCGUCUGGAUCAUUUCCUCGCCUCCGGGAUCGGGGAAAACGCUGACACUUAAAAAGUUGGAAAGUUACGCCGCUUUCAAGCAGAAGAAAGUGUUCGUGGUGAAUUUAGUCCAUCAUUACCAAUAUAUCAAGUCGGCCACUGCUGAGACCGUCAAAAUUGAAUCAAUAUUGACGAGUGUCGAACAUCUCCUUCCGGAUGAAAAACCCAUAAUUUUCCUGGAUGGAUUCGAUGAUAUUUGUCCCGAGUUGAGAGAAAAGGGUUUGAUGCUGAUCAAAAGCAUGACCGAUAUGCAAGUACCGUUGGUGGUUGCAACCAGGCCGCAUGAAUUGCUGACGGUUUUGAGUGCAAUCAGCGCCAAUCCAUCAUUUCAAGUAAAAAUUUUACCUUUUGAUAGCAAAAAGCAGCUUCGUUUGCUGAUGCAGAUUUCCACCAAGGGCGAAAGGAAAUGUCGGCUCCUCAUCGAAAAAUUCCACAAGUCUGGAUUUUCUGAUGUGUUGCAAAAUCCCCUACACCUGAUUUUGAUCUCGAAUUUUGUCGAAUGUGCGGACGAUAUCGACUUUUUCGAGGUUUACAGAGUAAUAGUCGACGAAAAGCUGCACGACGCAGUGAAAAACAAGGACAAAGGCAAUAGCAAAUGCCUGUCUUCCAUUAAAAUCGGAAUGGCGCUUGCUCACAAACUGGCGCGACAGCUUUUGCUCCAAGAGCCGACUUUUUCAUUCACAGAGGAAAAAAUCGCGGUAAUUAACAGCACAGGAAUUGCUUCAAUCAGUGGCCCUGAAAAUGUGGAGUGUUUCCACAAGUCCGUGGCUGAAUUUUUAGUAGCGGACUCCUACUUGUACGAUUUAAAAAUCAAGCAGGCCUCCAUUAUACCAAUGUUUGAAUCGGAGCUUUUGAAACAAUGCAGGGUUUUCAUCAACAGCUUAUUCUCUCAAACAAGCAGCAAGGAUCACGACGAAGACUCGGACAGCUUCGUGUUUUACCUCAAAAGCAAUAAAGAAAAUGUGAAAACGAUUUUGGAGACUGCUGCGAAAGAAGGUCUGGUGCACAUUUUCAAGAUUGCCUUAAGCGUGAUAAUACCGUUCCGAAACUGUCCACCGCCGAAAGAAUUCGAAUCCGACAUUUACCAGUUGCUGGAAACCGCGUGCGAGUCAAGCGAGGAAAUCGCGAUCAAGAUCUUGAAAACCGGCGUUUUGAAACAUUUGGAUCGAGCACUCCGACCUGAAACAAUCUGCCGGCUGACGGAGAAAAUCGCGUCUUACAACCUGACCAACGCUUACAGGGAGCUCAAGCAGCAAUGCGACGAAGUGGAGGUGAUUCUGAAAAGAAGCAAAACCAUCCAAGCGCUGAUCCAGUCGGUGACGAACAACCACGUGGAGGUUAUGCUGCAGCUGCUGGAAAGCGGCAUCGACACGGAAAUCAGGGACGAAAACGGGCUGACGGCGCUGCUCGUGGCCGCCCGGGGCUGCAAAUCCGAGGUCACGCAGCACCUGCUGGACAACUACGCGGAGUUAAACGCCAGGGACGCACAUGGACGCAGUUGCCUCUUCUACGCCGCCUACGCAGGCCGAUUGGAGACGGUGGAAAUUUUGCUCCGUGAAAAUCAAGAGCUGCUGUGGGACGUUUUGCAAGACGGUUCCACCGUGCUGCACUACGCUGUGCACAACGAGGACGUCGCGGUGUUCCGCUUCCUGGUCGAAAAAACCGAAAAGAAGGGCGCCGAGUGGCUCAACGCCGUGGACCAGAACGACUGGAACGUGUUCCACAGGGCUUGUGCUUUUGGUAAUUUGCAGCACUUGCAGUACGUGCUGGAAAAGUUGAUCUCCAAUUUUGAUUUUGACCCUUCCCAAGGCACAGAAAGAGAAGUUUUGAUGAAAUUCGUCAACCUGAAGACGGACGAGGGCCAGACGCCGUUGAUGCUGGCGGCGUAUUCGUCAGGCGCGGAAUUCUGCUCAUUUUUAGUUGGGAAAGGAGCCGAAAUUAAUGCCGUGGACAGUAUUGGAAAUAACGCAGCACAUUACGCCGUUGCAGGCGGCAAGCUGGACGUGCUACAGAGCCUCCUGGAAAUCGACCCAAAAAUCAAGGACAGCAAAGGUCAUGAGGGGAGAACGCUCCUGCACCAAGCCGUGGCACACGAAAAACUGGAGAUUGUUAAGUUUUUAAUUGACAAAGGAGCCGAUGUAAACGCGUGCGAUGCGAGUUCUUCAACACCUCUUCACUAUUCGUGCCAAAAGAUUGAUAAUCUCCAGCUCAAAAUGUGUAACUUAUUCAAUGAGGGAAGCGUCAAAACAUUCACGGCACCGGAAAAGUCAUCAGUCAAAAUUUUCAAACUGCUCAGAGACAAAGGCAGCGAUUUGCACUCAAAAAAUGCCGAAGAAAACACGGCGCUGCAUUACGCGGCCCACUUUGGCCUGCUGAACAUCACAAAAUCCAUUUUGAAAAAAGAUAAAAGCAGGGUGAACGAGAAGAACUUGGCCGGGAGGACGCCGCUGCACAUGGCCUGCGCGAAAGGGCACUUGGAAACGGCGAGAGCCCUGCUGCGACACGGGGCCAACCUGAACGCCAGGGACAUUUACAGGUCAACCCCGCUCACCCUGACGGCGCAGCACUCGACGCCGGAAGUGCUCGCCCUCCUCAUCAAGCGCGGAGCUGACAUGAGGGCUAAGGACCGGGACGGCGAAAACGGUCUGCACUGCGCCUGCAGGGGCGGCAAAUUGGAAAAUGUCAAGCUGCUGAUUAGCACGAAAAAUUUUUCAAUGAACAAGAAAAAUUCGCGGAAAAUGACUGCCCUCGAAAUAGCCGUGGAAAGGGGGCACCAAGAUAUUGUCGACUAUUUCGAAUCCAUUCCAAAACCGGAGCAGUUCCCGUUCUUCAUGCAGGUUUUAACUCAUUUGACAUGAUUUUCGUUUAAUUUCAUGUGCUUACAAGUUGGCGAAACCAUUGAAUUCGUGAAGCCUUUCCUAUGAUGUGAGUAAAUUACGUACAUUUGCAAAAAAAUUAUCUAAGCUCAUUGGGUACUACACGAAUUGAAUAAUUUCGCAAAAAAAAAAAACUAAAACGUUAAUUCAUAGAGUUCUUAAAAUACAAAAAUCACACAAAAGGAUGUUAAUUGCAAAGAUUUUGGUGUUAGUAU